CGACCAGGCAGAAAAUCGAUUGGGACAUCUCUUAUCGCUUCGAGUGUCCCAGGCCGGGCAAUGUUUGCUUCUUAUAAGUGCGUGCCACAGUGACGAGAGAAGGUUGGCGCUGCUCAGUCGAACACCACGCCUCCGCCAUGAGCGCACGAAGCAAAGUUUUUGGAGGCCUGGGAGUGGUUGUCGCGUUGGUAGCCGUGGGACUUAUUGUCUACUACACGACGAGGGGAACGAACUGCCCGAGCAAUGGCCCCGGCCCUGCAACUGCUUCCCCCCCUCCCGUGCCGGUACCAACGAGCCCCGCCCCUACACCCGAAGGGCCCGUGGUGCGCGUGCAGCAGGGGCUUCUCGAAGGGGUCAACAAGUGGACUCGAGGAAAAGGCGCCAAUCGUGUGGAAUACGCCGCUUUCUGGGGCGUGCCCUUCGCCCAGCCCCCCGUGGGUCCGCUCAGGUUCAAGGCUCCGAGGCCGCACCCGGGCUGGACAGGCGUGCGAUCGGCCAAGGAGGCAGGAUCCUGGUGCGCACAGGGCCAGGACGGCGACCUGCGGGGAAGCGAGGACUGUCUCUUCUUGAACGUGUUCACCACUAACCUGGACAAGUCGGAGAAGCAGCCCGUGUACGUGUUCGUCCACGGAGGCGGCUUCCAGUUCGGGGCUCCGUCCGUCACGCGCUACGGGCCGGACUAUCUGCUGCCACACGGCGUCGUCGUGGUGACCGUCCAGUACAGGCUCGGCGCUCUCGGUUUCCUCAGUCUUGACACGGAAGAAAUCCCUGGCAACUGCGCGCUCAAGGACAACGUGGCGGCCCUACAGUGGAUCCACAACAACAUUGCCGCCUUCGGCGGCGAUCCCAACAGGGUGACGAUAGGCGGGCAGUCUGCCGGCGGCGCGAUGGCGGGCUGGCUUACCAGACUGCCGGAGAUGAAAGGUCGCAUCCACGGGGCCACCCUCAUGAGCGGCACCCCGUACCACAACUGGGCCUACACCGAGACGCACAUACCCACGGCCCUCCAGGUGGCGUCCAACAUCGCCCACAAGACGGUCACGGACUUCAACGAGGCGGAGCAGUACCUGAUGAACGCCACCAUCGAGGAGCUGCACGUCAACGCCAUGCUGGCCAUCAACAGCGCCAUGCAGUCACAGCCAGAAGUCCCGGUCGUCCCCACCCCCGAGAGGCGCAAGCCAGUGCCCGGAGGCGAGCCACUGCUCGUUACCAAGGACAAAGAGAGCUACUUCUUGGAUCCAGAGAUGCCUGCCAUUCCGAUGCUGAUUGGCAACACCAACGCGGAGUGGCUCCCCUACUACUACCAAAACAACCCGCGGUCAGAAGCAACCAUAGACGAGGAGUUGGUCGAGAACAUAGCCCGUCACGUCCCUAAAGACCUCCUGCCUAACCAAGACACACGGAAAAUUCUGGGCCUGCCGGAGUCAACAGUUGACUACAAUACGAUUCUGGAGGAAGUGAAGAAGGGUGUACGCGACCACGUGACCGCAAGCUGUGAUCUGGGAUGCACUCUGAAGACGUACUUUGACAACAUCUGGCAAACUACGGAUACGCAUCGUCUGGCGAUGUUCAGGGCCAAAGAAAACAAAGCGGAUACUUACCUCUUCAAAUUCAGUGUCAGAACGGACGUGAACCAGCCCCUGGCCGGCCCGAGUGACACUAAGGAUGUGGCGACACACACUGACGACCUCGGAUACUACCUAACACGACUUAUCGACUUGGAUCCCAAACCGGAUGCUGACCUUGCAUUGCAGAGAGUGGCCGCGCUGUGGACCAACUUCAUCAAGUAUGGCAAGCCCGUCCCGCAAACCGACCCGGUCGUCCUGACUACGGACUGGCCUCCCAACACCUCCUUCGAGAACGAGGUCACGUUCCUCGAAAUGAAGACGGAUGCGUUCUUCCUUCGCAAGGAGAGCUUCAGCGGUCCGAUGAUUCAGUUCUGGCGGGAUCUGUACCACAAAUACAGAAUGACAACUCCAGCGCCCGUGCGAGCCCCGGGCCGAGUUCGCGGCCUGUGAGCCACCACAGCCGUUUCCAGGACAUUACUACAUAAUGAUAUCACUCCAAAAACCUUGCAAAGUAUUCUCCAGCAUUGUAUUGCAAACUCUCUUACGAACUAUCCAUAGGGGCUGGCCCUUCCAUGGGGACCGUCCCUAUACCAAGGGGCCGCGAAAUAUCCCUUUAGUUAGGGACGUUAGGGAUUUUUUCCCUUGGGAUCUUCUUUGCAUUGCGAAGUAUUUCUUUGCAACUUGCAAAGAAAAUGCUUUGCAACGUUAAAAAACCAAUGCUUCGCAACGUUGCAAACUUUUUUCUUCGCAACUUGCGAACUAUUUCUUUGCAAUGCAAAGAAAAAAGUUCGCAAUGGAGUUUGUAAUACAAUGGCGGCGAAUACUUUGUACUGCAAAGUACUUUUCUUUGCAAGCUUUUCUGAGUGAUUACCUCGUUCUGGAAAGUCAAGAUUUUCGGCAUACAAAGUUACCAUGGCUCGCCUACUUACAGUGCACGCUUAAAACCCGUACGAAGCACUUUGAAACUAUUUAUGAAGUGAUACGAAAAUUGUUCGUUUGUCAACCUACACGGUUAAAUGGUAUACCGGAAAACCAGGUACCUGGUUUUCCCGGGAAGCCUGUGGUAGAGACAUAGGCGACUUCCAGGGAGUUCCUGGCAAAACCAGGUUCCGUUUUUAUCGUGUACAGAGAGUAAUGUUGUUAAAGUGAAUGGCCAGGACGAAGGUGCAGGUGCAUUGUUAAACAAUGCGCUAAAAUUGUUGCAAUACGAACAAUUAACCUUGCACUUGUGAAGAAUUUCACUGCACUCUAAAUGUCGCAAUGAAAUUUGACCUAUAAGUAUGUUGCAGUGAAUUCGGCGCAAGCAUAAUACGAAGCAAUAUUUCUUCGAAACGCGAAUCUUUUUAGCUUUUUCAUUGUAAGAUGCAAAGAAAGAUGAAAGACCUUCGUAAUACGGAGAAGAGCCACCUACGUUAUGCUUGCGCCGUUUCCUUCGUAAAAUGCAAAA